CUUUCCUCCUCUUCCUCCCCUGGGCUCCCAGAGAAGGAAGGCGGGCCUCCUGGUCUGUUAGGGCUGAGGCGGGGCCAGAGAAGCAGAGGCUUGAGCCAGCUCUCCAAAGGCACGUUCCCACCAGGAGUAGCUCCCCCAGGAAGAAGAAGAAGAAGAAGGAGGAGGAGGAGGAGGAGGAGGAGGAGAGCUGGGAGCGGGCGAGACUAGCCAGAGGCAGCAGCAGCAGCAGCAGCAGCCGCCCAGCCAGGGUGCCUUUCGUGCUGGAGAUUGGCAAAGGCAGGCUGCGGGGAUAUAAAAUUACAAGGAUUCCUGUGCUUGAUUUUGUAGUUACCAAUAAUUUGGCACAACACCUGCUUUAGUGCUUUUUGUCAUCAGAUAAGAGAGAAGACAUGUUCAACACAAAAUAAAGAUACAGUUUUGUCAAACAAGGAACUUGUGCAGUAUGUUCUGUACUAAACUGAAAGACCUGAAAAUAACUGGCGAGUGUCCUUUCUCCUUACUGACUCAAAGUGGCAUUUCUGGUGAACAUGAGGAAGAAUGUGUUGAAGUGCCAAAUAGCUCAAAGGCUCCUUUGCCAGUCUGCAAAGAGAAGAAUACUCAAGGAGACCUUCCACAAAGGAAAACCAGCAGGAGCAGAGUGUAUCUGCACACUUUAGCUGAAAGCAUCUGCAAACUCAUAUCUCCAGAGUUUGAAAGGUUGUACCUUGCAUUUCAAAGGACACUAGCAAAUAAUAAUAUAAAAGAAAUCCGGAAUUUUGGGGAAAGGGAAGACUUUGAAAAGCUUAUCACGGAUCAUGCAAAUAUAGCAGGAGUCUCAGUGAACAUUAUUAAGGAAUCCCUUGGUGAAGAGCUGUUCAAAAUAUGUUACGAAGAAGACGAACACAUCCUAGGUGUUGUUGGAGGGACUCUGAAAGACUUUUUGAAUAGUUUUAGUACUCUGUUGAAGCAGAGCACCCAUUGCCAUGAAGCAGAAAAGAGGGGUAGACUUGAAGAAGUUUCCAUACUAUGCCUGGAAAAGGACACCGAUUUCUUAAAUGUGUACUAUUUCUUUCCCAAGAAAACAACUGGUAUUAUCCUGUCGGGCAUCAUUAAAGCAGCUGCUCACAUUCUGUAUGAGACAGAGGUGGAAGUGACAGUCAUGCCCCCCUGCUUCUGCAAGGACAGCACUGAGUUUAUUAACCAGCCAUAUUUGUUGUACUCUGUACAAGUAAAACGUGCAAAGCCAUCCUUAUCACCAUGUAAACCUCAGUCUUCUCUCGUGAUACCUGCUUCUGUGUUCUGCAAGACUUUUCCAUUUCAUUGCAUGUUUGACAAGGAUAUGACAAUUUUGCAAGUUGGCAAUGGUAUCAGGAGACUGCUCAACAGGAGAGAAUUUCAAGCAAAGCCAAAUUUUGAUGAGUGGUUUGAAAUCCUGACCCCUAAAAUUAAUUGUACCUUUAGUGGGAUCAUGACAAUGCUGAACAUGCAAUUUACCAUAAGGGUGAAACGAGGGGACAACGCUCUUAAAAAAUCAACUGGGGUUAUGGACCUUAAAGGGCAGAUGAUCUACAUAUUUGAAUCAAGUGCCAUCUUGUUCUUGGGAUCUCCUUGUGUGGAUAGACUAGAAGAUUUUACAGGACGUGGCCUUUACCUUUCAGAUAUUCCAAUUCAUAACGCUCUUAGGGAUGUUGUUUUAAUAGGAGAACAAGCCAGAGCUCAAGAUGGACUGAAGAAAAGGCUUGGGAAGCUUAAAGCUACUCUUGAGCAGGCACAUCAAGCCCUUGAAGAGGAGAAAAAGAAGACAGUUGAUCUUUUGUGUUCUAUUUUCCCUGGAGAGGUUGCACAGCAGUUGUGGCAGGGACAAGUUGUACAGGCGAAAAAGUUUAAUAAUGUCACAAUGCUUUUUUCUGACAUUGUAGGAUUCACUGCAAUUUGUUCCCAGUGCUCACCUAUGCAAGUUAUCACCAUGCUUAAUGAGCUUUAUACUCGCUUUGAUUACCAGUGUGGAGAGCUGGAUGUCUAUAAGGUUGAAACUAUUGGAGAUGCAUACUGUGUGGCCGGAGGCUUGCACAAAGACAGUGAGACCCAUGCUAUGCAGAUUGCACUGAUGGCAUUGAAGAUGAUGGAGCUGUCCAAUGAAGUGAUGUCUCCACAUGGAGAACUCAUCAAGAUGCGUAUAGGCUUACAUUCUGGCUCAGUCUUUGCUGGUGUUGUGGGUGUUAAAAUGCCACGAUAUUGUCUGUUUGGAAACAAUGUAACACUAGCCAACAAAUUUGAGUCCUGCAGUGUACCAAGGAAAAUAAAUGUCAGUCCAACAACCUACAGGUUGCUGAAGGAUUAUCCGGGCUUUGUAUUUACUCCACGUUCAAGACAUGAUCUUCCUCCCAACUUUCCAAGUGACAUUCCUGGGAUCUGCUACUUUCUUGAUACUUAUCUUCAAGGAACACAUACAAAGCCCUGGUGUCAAAAGGAAGAUGCUGAAGAUGGAAAAACAAAUUUCUUGGGGACACCCACAAGCAUACACUAAAUGGUGUUUUCAUGCUUUUCUGAGGAUAAAAUAUGCUCCAACUUUUGUAUUAAUGAAAAUGAUUUUUUUAAAAAAAUGAAAUGUGACAGCACUUUAGCUUCUUAACACCUAAAAGCCAGUAUUAAAAUUACAACAAACAUGUCACAUACUGCUUGUAAUGUUUCUUUUAUAUGGGAAAUACAUUUGGUGUAUAGUAAUUUGGGAACUAAAAAAGCAGGACCAAGACAGAUUAGUCUCUCACAAGUGCAGAGAAAUCUUUUAAUCAGAAGGUUACAUUCAGUUUCAGAAAAGUUAUUUGGUGCUGUGUCUCAAUGGAGAGUGGAACCAAAAAUACUAGCGUAGUUUACUCGAUAGCUUUUACUGCCAAUAAUUAAGCCAUAGGAGAAGGAUUUCAACUUUUUAGAAUAGAGGAAAAUGUAAAAGCUGGAAAAUUACCAAAUAAUGGGGAGGGGAUGUUGCCAUCCAGGGAAGGCAGAAGGCACGAUACGGAACCACAGAAAGGCUCACUUUGGAUUCAGAGCCUGCAGUGCUCCAACAGAUGACAGAAAUCGAACUAGAUAAAAAUCUUCCCCUCUAGCCAAAAGCUCCCUGGCCAAAAGUUAGUCUGAUAGGGACCCACUUUUUCCCAGAACCAGAGCAUCUUUUUUUAUAUCUUUCCACCCUGUUCAGCAUUUAGAAAUAGCUUUCAAAGAAAGCAACAGGACUCUCCAGCAUUCUGUCUACACAGAGCCAAUGCACUUGCCUUGUGAGACCUACAACUCAGCUAUUUGCAUGCAAAUUAUAUGGUCAGGCCCUGUACUAUGAGUAAGUAAAAUGUUGUUGGUUAUUUAUAAUGAAAGUUUCCUUAAUUAUUUUUAAUGGAUGGUAACAACUUCAAAUUAUUGCUAGUAUAUGUUACCAUCUCUUAGUUAAUUCUGAAGCCUGCCCCAUAAAUAGGCAAAGGGGGAAAAUGAUGUUGAGAGUGAGAAACCCAUAUGCAUUAGGAAGGAUGAGUUGCAGGUUGUUUUACACUGUUCGUUUUUUAUCUCACCUUGUCUCUUGUGAGCAGCUUUCCUGGAGACUUUGGAAGGGCAACUAGGCCUGGUCUCUCCCCUUAUGUGGCUAUUUGUUCAAACUAGCAAUUUGUGAUGGAAUGGGAGCUCACUUUGUUGAAAUACUUUAUUAAGAUGCACAUGGAAUAUGUUGUGAAGAGAAUGCACUGCUUGUCUAGAGCAAUGAUUCCCAAAUCUAAGUCUCCAUAGGUUGUUGGAACUCCCAGAAUUUUAUACUAUUUGUCAUACUGGCUAUGGAUACUGGAAUUUGUCAUCUAGCAACAUCUGGGAACCCAAGCUUGAAAGUGGAAUCUUGGAUGAACAUUGAACUUAUGGACACUGGUAACAGAGGAGUGAGAUGAUAGGCAGACAUUGAGUUGAUGUAUAAAGGAGCAGGAUCUGCAGAGGCAAAAGCAUGCAUCCUCAGUCCAUGGAUUCAAUGACUGAUGCAGUGGUUCUUUUAAGGGUUUUAUAUGUUUUUAGAAUGUCCAUUUGUAGACUGUUAUUGCUAUAGUCAUAUUUGUAAACAGAAAUUUAAACAGAAUUCACAGAAAAUGAAGGUAACACAUUGUAAUGUUUUACUUUCCCCCCCAAGCAAUGAUUAAUCUCAGCUCUGUUUCUUCCAGUACUAGAUCCCUAUGCACUUUUCAUUUGUGGCAGAUUUUCAUGGGGUAGUGCAGUAAACAAUUCACAGUAGUUAGCAUUCACAUUGCAUGUACACAUAAACCACUUCAGAUCUAGGCCCAGUUCCAAUGUCUUAAUGUACAUGCAUGCACUGUGAUAACCCAUGCAUUUGCACUUACAUCAAAAAUGACUUGGCUAAUUUUAUUUUUACCCAUAGCAACUGGUGUUGAGGGGCACCAGACAAGGUGAGUUAGGGUUGUUGAUGUUUUUUUGUUUUGUUCCAGAGUGCAUCACUUUAACUUGCUUCUCUUGAACACUUUUGCCAUUUUAAUACCCAUUUCCUCAGAUUUUAGAAACUCUAUGUGUUCUCCAUCCAAAAUAAUUUGGUAUACAGUAUUUGAAAAUAUAACUGCCUCUCUGUCACCACUAUGUCCAGGUAAAACAUGUUAACUUAAAAAGCAGCAGCUGCAACACAUAUUAUUGGCAGCAUCUCUUUACAUGUCUGCUUUGUCUGUUCCUGCAUCUUGUUCUGUGUUCAAUCACCAGUCCAUAACAGGCUCUCUUAUCCUGGGGAGCAAAGAAGUCUUUGAAGAAGAACUUCUAGCUGAGUUUCUGUUAUGUUUCUGAGUAACUCCCAACCGUCCUGGAGAUAUUUAACCUCCUGACUUUUCCUUCCAACUUUUUAAAAACCAAUCUCUAUAUUCUUCUUCUUCUUUUAAAAAGACAUUUCCACUUUUGCAGUGAAGUGUGACUGGCUUGCACUUCAGUGGCAAUUUCCCACCUACAUAUGAAUCACAGUUGAUAGCACUGGAACUCUGGUUUCAAAUGGCUUCAACUACAUAUACAUUUCACUUUAUGUUUUAGGCAUAAUUUAUGAUUAAGUCCAAGGUUGGUUUCUCUUUGUAAGUUCCAUAACCAACUGUUCUAUUGCAGUAAUUUAGGCUAUCUAUAAAUGUUUACAUCUUUGUCAUAAUCAGAACACACAUUUAUUCUAUCUAUUCUUUCUUUAGAUGUCUCCCUUCCUAAAUUCAUUCUCCAUAUCAAAAUCACCCUGAGUAGUUUGGUCAGGACAGCAUCAGAAGAUGUUAAUGAGAUGUUAAGAGGUUAAGCAAUUCUCUUAGGCUGCAAUCUUGUCCUUGGCAAUAGGUCUCACUGAAAUUAGUAGGACUUAUUUCUGACUGAGUAGACCUACAUAGGAUUGUUCUGCAUACAUAAUUAUCAGUUGUUUUCAGUGUUAGUAUACAGAAUAUGCCACUUACUGCAUCCUGAACUUUUUUCACUGUUCAUAAAUUAAAUAUAAGUAAAAUAUACAAUCAAUGUCAAAGCCUCUAUGUUCAAAGCAUCUUAAUUUCUUAGAGUUAAAAAUCUUAUUUCAAGACCAAAUCUUGACUAUUCUGUAUUAUAGCAAUAUAUGUUUUCUUAUUGUUGCUAUAUUUCAGUUUUAAUUGCAUAGAUUAAAAGAUGUAAACUAAACCGAUUCACAGUAUUAAAUAUUUCUAAGCAUUCACCACAAAAGAGAGGAAAUGAGGUGAGGUACAAAUUAAAUAUGUAUAUAUAGGCUUUGGAUGUGCUGUGGGUGUGUUUUGAUAUAUGGUGAAGUCAAUAAAAGGAAAUACACUA